UUAGAACAAACUUGCCGACAGUAGCAUGAUGGCGCAACACAGAAUUCAGAAGCAGCUGCUUUUUUCUUACAAAUUAGUUCUUGACAUUCUUCAUCUACAUAUUCAAGUUCCCAAUACCAGACAAGUUUCAUCUAUGGCAUGGCCGACCAAUAUACACGCAAGAAUGACAUCUACACAAACUUCAACACACAAAUUAUUUACUUACAAUUCAAAAAAUAACAUGUUUAGGGUUUUGAAAAACAUCUGGCUGUUGUGCGAUUUGAUACAACUAAGAAUCGGUCAUGAUUUCUCCAUUAACUUAUGGGAUAUGGACCAUCUUUAGUUCCUGGCAAGUAUUGAUGCUCCAGCAAGCCCUCUGAUUCGAUUCAUCAAGGAUGGUUCUCUUCAGCUAAUGAAAAUGGGAUAAAGAUUUUGGAAGAUAAUGACGGUAUCCGCUUCCGGGGCAUCUGAAACUGCAAAGGUACUUGUUACUCAGUUAGUAUAAAAUCUUGAGGUUCCAUUUUUUCUUUACACAAUCAUGACCAGCUGUCCUUUGCUUUAAUAUUAAAUACAAUAUCUCUAGUAUCAGCAAACAAUUGGACUUUACAGAUAGGGUGGCCUCUGUUGUUGGCAUCAGAGGAAUGGUUUGUGAAUUUAACUCCCUAAAUGUGAUUUGGAAAUAAGUUCGUGUUUGUUGUUAUCAGGUUACAUGUCCAUGGAAAAAAUAUAUAUCAUACACACACACUCACAUUUUCCAUUAACUAGUUUUUGGACACGUCUUUCCCGUGGUAAUUACUAAUUAGCAAAUCAAGGUAUAAUUUGUAGUUGUAUAUAGUCAAACUUUUUCACAUUUUGUCUCAAGAACCAGAUUAAAUAUGUGCAUUUAAUAGUUGUUCUAUGUUCACUGUUUCAAAAUCAAUGCCUUUGAUUUGAUUUAUAUGAAAUAUUAGAAACAACCAUAGUUGAAAUAGCAAGGUUGCACCACUGGAAAGGUUUUCAUUACUUUUAUAAAAGUAUAUAUAAUUAAGAGAAAAAAAGUAUAAUAGUGAGUGCUUCUUAAUUUAUUGUCACUUAUAUAAAGAACAAUAUACAAUUUGAUGAAUGUGCAUAUGCACUUUGUUCUUAACUGAUGUCUGGUGCCCGUUUAAAGAUCCGACUAAUUCAGAUUUGCUCAUGAAAGUUUCACUAUGAUAGUAAUCAUUGACAGUUCUCUAUUCCCAAAGUUCAAAUUCAGAAUUUUGUGAAGGGUGGAGGGGUACUGCCGACCCACCACAACAUUUGAUGGUAAUACUAACAGGAAGUAACACAGAAGAAAAUGAAAACAACUUUUUUAAUGGCAUUCCUUUGUUGUUUAUUCUGGAAAAUUCUUAUAUUAAAAGCUAAUUCUCUUUCCUCCAUUGUCUAAAUACCUAUUGUGAGAUAAGACAAAUUUAGAUGAAAGUAAACUUUUCAAAGGUAAUGCUUAUAUAUAAAAAAUAUUUCUAUUUUAAUUAGAAGAAAUUAUUUUUCAUGUUAUUCUACACAUUUCUUAGAUUAAUCUCACCAAAUAUUUUCCUUGUAGGCUGUAGUGAUAGUAGGGCAGGUGGAAAGCAAGGUAUGGGUGGUGUAUUUAUCUUCCACUUUUUUCCUGUCUAUAUUUUUCCAAAUGAUAAAAAUGAAAGAGAUGGAAGCUUAUGUUUUUGCUUUUGCUGAAGAAGCUAGGGAGAGGGAACAAUAAUGGUAAAUUUGUAGGGAUAAGUCACGUGCAUGACAUAUUUUCUGUUUGAAGCUGUUAGUUUUGACAGAAAACUAAGAGGGAUGUAACUUGUAACUUCUAGGAUAGUAAAAGGAUGUUGUUUGUUCAAUGUCAUAAUAUGAGGAUGUAGUUCAAGUUUGAUUAUAAUUGAGAGAUGUUUUUGGCCAUUUACUCUAAAUUGGUAUGUAAUGACUUCCUUGAACGGAUGAAACCAUUCUUUUUUAUAUUCACUACAAUUUCAGUUUUGGAGGUAAAAAUAGGCAUGUAAGAUUAAUGGUAUAAUUAUAACUUAUCUAAGCACAUAUUACAUUUUUUGACAAAGUAAAUCAAAAGUUUAAGUUGUACUUCUCUGUGUGAUUCUUACGAUGUAUAUUUACAUAUUUACAAAACAAGGUAAUUGUAAUAAUGCUUGGACGAAGGGUAAAACUGUCAUUCAACUUUUGAUGGCUAUUUUGGUCUUUUUCCUUUUACCUUUUAAGGGAAUCAUUCCUCGUCAUUGACGCCUCGCCGUUCUUCAACAACUUUAGGGUUCCAAAUUGAACUUCAAAUCAGUUGAAUUAACUCCAAACAAUGGCUUCGCAUAAUGAAGAUGCAGGAAAUGUAAUACCCCAGCUUAAUGAAGAGCCUAAUGAUGAAUCUAAGAUGUGGAGGCUCACUAAAAUUAGAGACUCAUUGCAAUGCCAGUCCCUGAAGCUUCCUGAAAAUCUUGGAGUGACUAAGAUAUCAAGUUUAAUAUAUACGAGCUCUGGUAAUUGUAUCUUAGCAUUAGCCUCAAAUGCUAUUCACCUGCUUUGGAAGUGGCAAGGAAAUGAGCGCAAUUCUAGGGGCAAGGCAACAGCCAGUGUUUCACCACAACUGUGUCAACCUUCAAGUGGCAUCUUAAUGACAAAUGAUGUGCACGAACCAAACCAUGUGGAAGCUGUCUCUUGCUUUGCUUUGUCCAAGAACGAUGGGUAUGUGAUAUCAACAUCUGGUGGAAGGAUGUCCUUGUUCAACCUGGUGGCAUUAAAGAGAUUGACAACUUUCAUGCCUCCACCUCCAGCAGCAACUUAUAUUGUUUUCCUUCCUCAAGAUAACAACAUUAUCGCUAUUGGCAUGGAUGAUUCUACCAUCCAGAUAUAUCAUGUCCGACUGGGUGAGGUUAAAAGCACGCUUAAAGGCCACUCUAAAAGGAUAACUGGCCUCGCCUUCUCUCGUAUGCUCAAUGUGCUAGUUUCCUCGGGAGCUGAUUCUCAGCUGUGUGUAUGGAGCACUGUUGGGUGGGAAAUGCAGAGGGCUAAAUUUUUGCAGCUACGGGGGCAAUCAAUAUCUCAAUCAGAUACCAGAGUCCAGUUUCAUCAGGAUCAAACUCAUUUCCUUGUUGUGCAUGAGGCACAGAUUGCAGUAUAUGAAACAGCAAAGUUGGAAUGUUUAAAGCAGUGGGUUCCGCGUGAAAGUGAUGCCCCAAUUUCUCAUGCCACAUACUCAUGUGAUAGCCAGCUUAUAUAUGCUAGUUUCUUGGAUGCAACUGUGUGCAUCUUCACUGCUGGGAACCUCCAUAUGCAGUGCUGCAUUUAUCCUUCUGCUUAUCUGUCACCCGGUAUCAGCAAUUUAAAUAUCCACCCAGUUGUAGUUGCAGCACAUCCAGAAGAUCCAAACCAAUUUGCAUUAGGUAUGUCAGAUGGUGGUGUUCAUGUUUUUGAACCUCUUGAAUCUGAAGGCAAAUGGGGUGUCCCUCCACCAGUUGAAAAUGGCUUUGCAAAAGGUGGGCCAGCUUCUCCAGCUAUUGGAGCUUCAGGCUCCGAUUAAGCACCAACAUACAAAGAAACCUCUAAGCAAACAGUCUUCUGUCUUGUUUUUUUUUUUUUGGAUCUUACCCAAAUUUCAGUUCAGACUGGUCAAACAUGAGCGGAUUAUGUAACGCCCAAAAAAUUUGUGUUCUUUGACUUGGUUUUUACGACAAUGUUAUGCUUUUGUGUGUGACUGUGUGGUAAUCCAUUUGCUACAGAAAAUAAUUUAGCUCAGUACUCUUCAACAAUUUCUCCUUUCAGCUAUCUAGUUCUUGAGUUGUAUU